AAACGUAAAUUUAUUCGCUCUCUCGUCUUUUUUCUAUAUAGAAAUUAGCAGUAGCAACAGUGGCAGGUGAAAUCAUCGCGAGAGAAGAUGGUGGUGACGGUAGCUUCCGUACGUCAACAACUCAGUAAUCUGGCGCAUUCCGGCGGUUCCCACAAAGAUCAGGCCGAAAAAUACCGUUCGACUCUGGACAUGAUAUUGUUAUCUUCCGGCGAGGAACUAGUCGAUGCCCUGAAGACGUUCAUCGAAGCAAUUGUGAAUGAAAAUGUGAGUCUGGUAAUCUCGAGACAAGUAUUGACUGAUGUGAGCAGCCGUUUACUGUUUUUACCCGAUGAAAUAUCAAAGGCUGUUUCACAUUAUACUCUAGACAAGGUUCAACCACGUGUAAUCUCCUUUGAAGAACAGGUCGCUAGUAUAAGACAACAUUUAGCUGAUAUUUAUGAACGUAAUCAUAACUGGCGAGAAGCUGCAAAUGUUUUAGUUGGCAUACCACUAGAAACAGGACAAAAGCAGUACACUAUUGACUACAAGCUUGAAACUUAUCUUAAAAUUGCUAGAUUAUACUUGGAAGACGAUGAUCCAGUACAGGCUGAGGCAUUUAUCAAUCGAGCAUCACUUUUACAGGCCGAAUCUAAAAACGAACAAUUACAAAUCUAUUACAAAGUAUGUUAUGCAAGAGUAUUAGAUUAUAGAAGAAAGUUUAUAGAGGCAGCUCAAAGGUACAAUGAGUUAUCAUAUAGAUCCAUUAUUCACGAAGACGAACGCAUGACUGCUCUUAGAAAUGCAUUAAUUUGCACAGUAUUGGCUUCUGCAGGACAACAAAGAAGUCGAAUGUUGGCCACGUUAUUCAAAGACGAACGCUGCCAGCAACUCCCUGCUUAUUCCAUUCUUGAGAAGAUGUAUUUGGACCGUAUUAUUCGGCGUUCCGAAUUGCAGGAGUUUGAAGCAUUAUUGCAACCUCAUCAGAAAGCAUGCACUAUCGAUGGCUUAGGCUCCACUAUACUCGACCGUGCCGUAAUCGAGCAUAAUUUAUUAUCCGCUAGUAAAUUAUACAACAAUAUAUCGUUUGAAGAAUUAGGCGCAUUGUUGGAUAUUCCACCUACUAAAGCGGAGAAGAUUGCUAGCCAAAUGAUUACUGAGGGCAGAAUGAAUGGAUAUAUAGAUCAAAUCGAUUCCAUAGUACAUUUUGAAACACGUGAAACUUUACCAACCUGGGAUAAGCAAAUACAAUCGUUAUGUUACCAGGUAAAUCAAAUAAUCGAGAAGAUAGCUCAAACAGAACCGGAAUGGAUAGCAAAAGCAAUGGAAGAUCAGAUGGUGCAUUAAUAGAUUUUAUUUAACAUGGAAAAAUGUCACUAAGAAAUACGGGAAUCAUUUGAGAAAUGUACACGAUAACACAAUCAGCCAAAAUAAUAAAUAUUUAUAUUAUAGCUCAUUGUCGAGAUACAAAUGUCAUUCAAUGCACGUAAUUCAUUACUUUCUACAUAAAAUCAAUCAUUCAAGUUCUAGAAAUGUAUUCACAUUGUUUCUAAAAUUGACAGUAGCCAGUAUUGUACAUUUAAAAUACACUGUACAUUCGCGUGUAUAUUCUUAAAUGUUCUGUAAUUUCGUAAUGCUUAUUAAAAAGUUUAACUGAAAAUUGAUAUCAUUUUGCAUAUGCAAGUGAAUUAAAAAAUUUGCUUUAAAAAAAGAAAAAAAAAGAAGAAGAAAAGGUAAAAGGAUUAUUUGCAGUCAAUUUAGAUAAACAUAGACGAGGAAAAAAACAAUGUAAGUUCUUCUUGUAAAUAAAUCACAUUCGUACUUUAUGUAUAUUUUGUAUUGAAUCCAUAAAUAUUCUGUAAGGAUCGUUCAGG